AAAAAGGCGGCGAACUACCGCAAGCUCAGCGCCAUCGCGCUGGCGGCCAAGGCGGCCAAAAAGCACGACGACGCGACGUUCGCCGUCGUCGAGAAGCUCUUGACGGUCAAUCCCGACGUGCACACGCUGUGGAACUUCCGGAAGGAGAUGCUCCUCGCGCGCGCGGGCGACGGCGGCGCCGUCGCGGUCGGCCCGGAGCUCGCGCUGACGGCGGCGUGCCUGAAGAAGCAGCCGAAAUCCUACGGCAGCUGGUACCACCGUCUGUGGGCGGUCCGCCGCGAGCCCGCGCGCGCGCCGGCCGAGCUCGAGCUCUGCGCGGAAUUUUUGAAGCUCGACGAGCGCAACUUCCACUGCUGGAACUACCGCCGCGACGUGUCCCGACUGGCCGGCGAGUCGCCGGCGGACGUGCUGGCGUACGCGCGGGGCCGCCUCGACGCGAACUUCUCCAACUACAGCGCCUUCCACGAGCUCGCGGCGCACCUCCCGCGGACGCUCGACCGCGAGACCGCGCGCCGCGAACUCGACGUCGCGAGGCAGGCCCUCUUCUGCGAGCCCGACGACCAGUCGGCGUGGUGGUACCACGCGGACGUGCUCCGCCGCUGCGAGGCCGAGGCGGACCUCGUCGACGCGGAGAUCGCGACGCUCCGCGAGCUCCGGGACCUCGAGCCG